CUCCAAGUCAGGGCCAAAAUUUUCCGGUAAAGGGACAACAACAAAAGAGCCUACCUCACUCCUGGUCGUGGGUGGCCACCAGGCUUUCUUCUCUCUUUUUCUUUUCUGCUUUCUUUUAUCGGAGGAAAUGGUCAAUUCUCUCAUUAGUUAUUCGUACUCCUGCAAUUUGCAGAAUCGCUUGGCAACAAAAUAGAUAAAGGGCAGAUAAAAAUCAAAAGAAGAAGUGAAAGAGAGGAAUCUUGAUCACAGAGAACCAAAUAGAAAUAAAGGCGAGCCUCUUUUUAUAUUUUCUCCCUUCUGUGCCCCGAGCAGAACAGCUCCCAUUUUCCUUCUUGUCAAAUUACUUUCAGCUUGUGGGUCGUCCUCUUCGUCCUGUCCAUGUUCUUCUUCCUGUUCUGCUAUUGGAUGUACGCUCCGGUAUUUCAGGAUUCUGCAGAUCUGCUUCUGGUUCAAUGAAGAAUGUAUCAACAGAAUAGUGUCCCUAGUUCAAGUUUAGUUCCCAGCAACACAAUGGUUCAUGGUCAACAUUUAGAUAGUGGUGCCAACACAAUGGACUCCAUGGGUGGAGGGACCAAUCACAGUAACAAUUCCAAUCUCACAUCCAAGCAGCGGUUACGUUGGACACAUGAGCUUCAUGAUCGCUUUGUUGAUGCUGUGGCACAACUUGGUGGGCCGGAUAGGGCUACACCUAAAGGUGUUCUUCGAGUUAUGGGUGUGCAAGGUCUAACAAUAUACCAUGUCAAAAGUCAUUUACAGAAAUAUCGACUUGCAAAGUAUCUACCCGAUUCCUCCUCUGAAGGUAAAAAAGCUGAGAAAAAAGAAUGUGCAGAUAUGCUCUCCGACAUGGACGGUUCCUCAGGUGGGAUGCAGAUCACCGAAGCUCUCAAACUGCAAAUGGAGGUGCAAAAGCGCUUACAUGAACAGUUGGAGGUGCAGAGACAGCUGCAGCUGCGGAUAGAAGCGCAAGGCAAGUACUUGAAGAAGAUAAUCGAAGAGCAACAAAGACUUAGUGGAGUUCUCACUGAUGGGUCAGGUCCUGAAUCGGUUGAUAAGGUCCAAGAAGACAGCAAAACCGAUCCACCUACCCCAGCUCCUAUCUCGGAGUCAACCAUCCAAGAUAAGUCUAAGGACCGUGCCCUAGCCAAGAGCCUCUCACUUGAUGGAUCACUCUCAUCUCAUAAUCAUGAACCAUUGACCCCUGAUUCCGGUUGCAAUGUCACUUCACCUGCUGAAAGCCCUGAUGGCGAGAGGUCAACGAAAAAGCCACGGGUGAUUGCUGGUGCUUCGCAUGCUAAACCUGGGAUGGUGCUACACCCGAUAUUUGAAUCAAGCUUGGGUUGCUCCUAUACGACCUCGUCAUUCAAACUACCUGACCAGGCAUCUGUUUAAUUCCCAGUAAGAAGAUGAGACUAGAAUGGUCAAACUGGGAUGAGCCUUGGCAGAUAUACUGUAACAUCUUGUACUGCUUGGUGUAUUGACUUGCGGACUAGUUUGUUUCAACUUGCAUGUGUAGUUUGUCAGGAGAGUGCACUGUUUAACUUGGUAAGUAUUAUAUAGGUAGCUUAGAAGUGGUUGUAUAUUGGAUGCGUCCUUUGAUGCUUAGUUCAAACUUGUGAGGAUAUGGCAUUUUCUGAGCAGAUGGUGUACUAAUUGCGGAUCAGUUCUCUUUAGUAGGGGUUGUUGAACAUGAAA